GCAAGAUGACAGCUGACUGAUCUGUGAAGUUUGCUGUGAACAGAUAAGUUGAAGGUUUCUGCAGAUCUUCGUUAUUAAAUCAAACGCAGCUUCUCAGUUUAGCAUCUCGGUGUUUUACAUAGUCGGUGAUGUCGAGAAUAUUUCACUUUCUGAAUCUAAAGUUUGGCAUAAAUUGUGGUUUAUUAAGCCUUUAUUUGCGUAGUUACAUCUUCAGAUGUUUUUUUCUUAAAUUUAAGGUGAAAACAUGACGCAGUGUUUGUGUUGACAUCAGUGAGUUAAAACAGGGCGUGACUUCAUGAUAGUCUGUGGAGGGAGGAGGAGAACUGGACAGAAUUCUUUUAUUGUCUUUGUACAGUUACAACAAAACAAGCAGCGAUCCUGUCAGUAAAUUCACAUUUUAAAGCUGCUUUACUCUCCUUUAUAUGCCGCUUUACAGGGGCGGAUCUACUGGGGUGGCAACACCAGUUCUGAACGAUCUAAUUCAAAAAUAUAUGUAUAUAAAAAGUUGUGGCCGGCUGGAAAGAGCGAAAGUCCAGAGAGGACGAAUAAGGAGCGAAAAUCAAAGCUAAACACAUAAAGGUAAAUUAACUCUGUGACUCCAGCUGUGAAAUCUCUGAUCUCAUUACCUCCUGAUAGACACACAGAGACAGACAUUAACACAAAUAAGCAGAUAUAGCACUGAUACAUCCCAUAAACUGUCCAUAUUUCACUUUCUUACUUUGGUAAAGUAUAUUUUAUUUGUAGUAUUUCAUGCCACUGUACUCCUGUCUGAAGUGAGCACCACCUCCAGACUGAAUUGUCUUCCUUCUUUCUUCAACUCUUUCCAGCCCUCUAUAAAAUUCCUCCACUUCACUGAAAUAGUAGACAGAUGACAUUAUCACUGCAGGGUUCACAGAAAUACUGCUACCUCUUAUAGUACACCUUUACCUUUAUGGAGCUCAUAAACAACAGCAGCAGAGGAAUCCAGCAUUAAUACACCUCUGAUUUAAACUGGGACCAGUUCAGACACCUGGAACUUUAUUAACAUCAUUAAAACUGCAAAACCAUUAAACAUUCACACUGAAGGUUGUUGCUGCUUUAUGUAGUGAGAUUAUUUCAUGUUUCUAUCAUCUGAUGAAGGAUUAAUUAAUUUGCUGGCUGGAGUUAAUUAUCAUCAUCUGGAGCUGGACUGAUAAAAUCUGGCUCUGACUCAAUGAAACAAAUCAGCAAACAAGCCAAGUUGGUUUUACAGCAGCUGUGACUACACAAAAGUGGUCGUUCAAACAUAAUUUGUUUCUCAGUUUAGCAGGUUCACAACAGCAAAAAUGUUUAAAAUGUUUUAUAACGUUACUAUCUAAUAUAACUAAUAAAACGAGAACUCACAUCGUGGCCGUCUUCCAUCAUGGAGAUAAAUGCUGCUACUUGGUUUGGCAUCAAGGAAACACAAACACCGGAGUCGUAGAGGAAGCAGACAUCUCCAGCUGUGCAGACACACCCUUCUCCACUCAUGUGGACAGCAAAGCCUGAAAGGAAGACACCAGUUAGACUAACUUUUUGGGGAUAAUUUUUACAGCCUAAAUGAAGAGAGCAUCCCAGAGAGGAGAUGGAGGAGGAAGAGUUCAGAGAGAGAGAAAGAAAUGAAGGCAUGCAGAGCUCAGACAGAGAAAAGGAAAUCAGAGACUAUCUCUGGUCCAGCUGGUCCACAUGCUAUGAAUAUUACUUUAGUUUUAUAUAUCUGAGUAAGAGGUACACCUGUCACAAUCAUUACCUUUUUGGACAAAAUAUUCACACAGUAAUAUAACUGUACACAAUGUACUAAAGACUAACAGUGUCUAAUUUCACAAAGUGUUUGCUUGCAAGACGAGCCACAGUUUCCAGUGAGACUGGGCCUUUGCAUGUACGUUGCUAGCUAACGUUAUGUCAUGGAGCUAGAUAGAAUAGAUUAGAUAGAUAGACACUUUAUUAAUCCUGAGGGAAAUUCAUGACUUACUUUUUUGAUCAGUGAGGUUUGAAUAAAUGUGAAGCUAAAGCACAUCUAACAGACUCACUAAUGACUUGAAGCAGUGAACAUGAUGUGAGGAGCAGAGUCUGUGUUGACUGGUGUCAGAAACAUGAACCCCACAAACUCCCACUGACAUCCUGCCUCAGGAUCAGACAGCUGAUGCUGCCCCCUGGUGGAGAGUUGCAGCACCAACACUGAAGCUGGAACUCCUCUCAGUUUGUACAGCAUCAUUAUUAGUCUCUGGUGAUUCCAGCUGUACAUUUUAUUAACAUACGUCUGACUCUGCAGAAUAAUGCUGGAAGUCGGCUGCAUUUGCUGAAAACUGUAUGAGUUGUUUCUACUAAUUUUCUGUAAAUGUGAUGAGAUAGAAAUUACACUGACCAGGACAAGAUUAUCUGCAGGAAAAGAAACUUUCCACCAACAUCUUUCAGAUCAUUAAUUGUGUCUCCAGCAGGUUUGUGCUGCUCAGUCAUGGAUCUAGAUCUCACCAUCAUCCAUCAUGCUGCAGGAAACACCAUUUUAGGAUGAAAAGUGUUUGAGUCAGACUUCAGUUUCACAUCAGUGACAACACAGAUCUCUGAAGAAACAGGAUGAGUGUUUGGGAAACACAUCUCAGUGGUCGACACUCCAGGAAUCUGAGACAGCGAGGACACUACAGAGGACAUUAAGAACUACUGUCAGCAUCUACUGAAGUCCAACAAACAAUGUCUGUUCCUGGUGGUUCUCAGCAUCAGGAUGUUCACUCUGGAGGAUCAGAAGGCUGUAGACACAGCUCUGAAGAAAAUGAAGGUAAACUCCCAGAUGUAGAGAGGAUGUUUUCAGAGGCAUCUCACCUCUUCAACAAUGAGGAUGGAGAUCAGGAACAAGUCCAAGAUCUGCUGCUGAAGACCAGAAACCUUGGAGACCAACAACCACUGGACCCAGCAGCUGGUUUGGAGGUUCAGAGGAGGAUCGUUCUUCUUGGUCUACCUGGAGUUGGGAAGAGUGCUUCAGGAAACACCAUCCUGGGAUCUGAGAGCUUUAAAUCAGCCUGUAACUUUAACUCAGUCAGUACAGAGUGUGUUUCUGAAUCAGAAUCAGUGGAUGGUCGGCUGCUCCAAGUGGUCGACACUCCAGGAUUCACUGAAGAAGUUCUGAAUCCUGAGCAGCUUUACGAGGAGAUCAUGAAGACGUUAGUGGAGGCCAGUCCAGGACCACAUGUCUUUGUUAUUGUGGUCAGAAUAGGAAGCAUCUCUGCAGCAGACCAGAGACUGUUUGAGUUACUGCCCAAACUGUUUGGAGGAGAUGCCUCUAAGUACACCAUGGUGCGCUUCACUCAUGGAGAUGACCUGAGAGGUAGCUCCAUGGAUCAGCUGAUCCAGUCCAACAGCUGUGUGUCUGAUCUGGUGUCCAUGUGUGAUGGGAGGUACUGUGUGUUUGACAACACUCAGAGAGGAAGGAGGCUGCAGGUCAGAGAGCUGCUGAAUAAAAUAGAUGAGAUGGUUGCAGCUAACGGAGGAGAACACUGCACCUCUGACAUGUUCAGGAUGGCUGAGACCUUCAUCAGAGAGGAAAAGAACCAAGCAGCUCAGUCAGCUGGUAGUAAUCGUCCAGGUCAGUCAGGUGGAGCCAGAGAGAAACCAGAUAAGUAUUCAGCAUGGGAAAGUAUAAUACCUUAUGUAAUAGGUUUUGGGGUGGCAGGUGGAGUGGCAGGUUGGGUUGCAGGUGUAUUGACAGACAAAAUGGUAGUUGGGGUGGUAAUUGGGAUGGUAAUUGGGUGCUAUAUCUGCUUAUUCGUGUUAAUGUUUGUCUCUGUGUGUCUAUCAGGAGGUAAUGAGAUCAGAGAUUUCACAGCUGGAGUCACAGAGUUAAUUUACCUUUAUGUGUUUAGCUUUGAUUUUCAUUUAAUGUUAUUGUAUAAGAUAAAUAUAAAUAUCUGUCCCCAGAGUUGUCCGUGUGUAGCCAUUACAGAUGAUUUCAUUAUUAUUUUAUCUGAUAAUUAGACAAUUUGUCCAAAUGCAAGUCUUAGCAACCAAGUUAUGAUAUUGUAAUAAGUAUUAUUUGGGUGAAUUAAACCUUUAAAAUCUUAGGUAGGACAUGAAGUAGUACUUUGUGUGGAAUACUUGGUGUAGUCCUUAAAGUUCAGUCUCCAGCUCUGUAGACAAACUUUCUGGGGCCAAAAUAAAAGUCGCUCUGACUCCCCCAAUUGGGGAGAUAUGCGAAAAUCAAAACUUCCCCUCGUGGGAUUAAUAAGGGAUAAUUUAAAAAAAAAAAAAAAAAAAAAAAAAGAAUAAACCUUUUAAAUUCUAAGUAUAUUUUGAGUGAAAUCGUCCUUUAGAACCGUAAGUUGUGCAUUUAUUGUGCACUUUAGUGGUCAUCUAUGGUGGCAGCUGUCUUUAAUAAUGCACUAAAUGUGCAGCUUCCGGGUCUGCAGCCAACAUUUUUAAUGAAUGAGGUGAACUGAGGACAGCCCCUCCUCAGGGCGGGAGCAGCAGACUGUACAGGACAACCCAGCAUGGUGCAUUCACAGACACAUGGACAUCGGAGAUUCGCUCCUUAUUCGUCCUCUCUGGACUUUCGCUCUUUCCAGCCGGCCACAACUUUUUAUAUACAUAUAUUUUUGAAUUAGAUCGUUCAGAACUGGUGUUGCCACCCCAGUAGAUCCGCCCCUGUAAAGCGGCAUAUAAAGGAGAGUAAAGCAGCUUUAAAAUGUGAAUUUACUGACAGGAUCGCUGCUUGUUUUGUUGUAACUGUACAAAGACAAUAAAAGAAUUCUGUCCAGUUCUC